AUGUCAGCUAAAGAAGAAAAGACAGGGGAUGAUAUAAGUCCUGCGGUUGAGAGGACACAGUCAUAUGGCGAGGGCAUCACGCUGAAACUCGACGACAAGGAGAAUAGAGAGUUUUAUGGAAAUUCGAUUACCGAUUCGUAUCGACUCAAGUCGGAACUUGUAGGGAAAUGUCUUCAGGAAAUUGGGAUGGGAAGCUGGUCCCAAGGCAUUGGCACAAUCCAACCUUCCAUUAAGCUCGAAUUCGCCGACGUAUCAAAGGUUGGGUUCAGCUCCAUCUCGUACUACUGCGGUCUCAUCGUCGGCGCCUCCUUCUGGGGUAUCUCGGCCGAUUUCAUCGGCCGCAAGCCAGCUUUCAACCUGACUCUCUUGAUCGGUGGUAUCUUCGGAGCAGCUGUUGCCGGACUCAGCCAUUUCCCUAGCUUCUGCGGCAUGUGGGCAAUCAUUGGUUUUGCAGCUGGUGGAAAUGUGCCCGUCGAUUCCAUGAUCUUCUUGGAAUUCGUUCCGGGAUCUCAUCAGUAUCUGCUCACUGCCUUGUCCGCAUGGUGGAAUUUUGGACAAGUCAUUGUCGCGCUCAUCGGAUGGGUCUUUUUGGCAAACUUCACCUGUCCCACGGAUUCCACGCCUGAGACUUGCAAGAGAUCUGAUAACAUGGGCUGGAGAUAUGUGAUGAUCACCCUUGGUGGUUUGGCACUUGUUUUUGCCCUUAUUCGAAUGUUUAUCUUCAAGAUGCCAGAAUCGCCGCGGUACCUGCUCUCCAAGGGCCGUGAUGCCGAAGCUGUCGAAGCCAUCAACUACGUCGCCCGUCGGAACGGAAAGCCUGAACCCCUUCACCUCAGUAUGCUGCAAGAAAUUGACCGAGAUCUCGGAGUGGUUGUGAACUCGGAUGAGGGCAGAAAGGGACUUACACACAAGGAAAUUAUCAAGGAGAAUCUAUCAGACUUCAAGUCAGCCAACUUCAAGGACCUUUUUGCUACUCGCAAGCUUGGCCAGCACACUACUAUUAUCUGGUUUAUCUGGCUUACCGUUGGUAUCGCCUACCCCCUCUUCUUCAACUUCCUGCCCACGUACCUGGCGCAAAAAUUUACUGAAAAGUCAUCCCUCUACUUGACAUACAGGAACUACUGCAUCGAGUCUUCAGUAGGUGUCGUGGGACCCGUCGCAGCAGCCUUCGCAGUCAACACCAGACUCGGUCGUCGCUGGAUGAUGGGAGGGUCCGCCAUCGUGACAGGAAUAUUCCUCUUCGCCUACACCGGUGCUAGUAACACUGCGGGUGACUUGGCCUUCUCCUGUGUGACGGGGCUGCUGGGGAACUUCAUGUACGCCAUCAUGUAUGCGUUCACACCCGAAUCGUUCCCUGGUCCUCAUCGUGGAACUGGUUCGGGGACUGCGGCGACGCUCCUCCGUUUUGGUGGGCUGUGCGCUUCUCUCAUUGGGACGUUCACGAACUUCACGGUUGUGCCUAUCUAUGUCAGUGCUGCGCUGUGGAUCGUAGUGGGAGUUAUCAGUUUCGGAUUGCCGUUUGAGACUCAUGGACGUGCAGCUAUCUAG